AGCUACCUUUACUCACAUUUUAAGCACUAGGUUACUAGUAACCAGUUACUACAAGAUAACGAACACCAUUCGAGCUCAGAAGUCCCAGUUACUAUAUAGUACUUAGCUACCUUUACUCACAUUUUAAGUACCAUAAGUUACUGGUAGCCAGUUACUACAAAUGAAAUACAUGAAGAUAACGAACACCAUUCGAGCUCAGUAGUCCAUUGUAUCAAACAGUUCAAAUCAUGGGAGGAAACACGAACCUCUUAAACAUUGAUGUGGGAUCAGGUGUCAUGGAGGAGUGAGUAUCCCCCACGGACGGUCACGCUGUGUACUCCUUGUCACGAUGGGGGGAAAUCACGAGAAAAUCCGUCGACAAUGCAGUGACUUAGUGAUAGAUUGUAUUUUCUGACAAGGUUAUUGUAUCCACCAUAGAAUAUAAACUGUUUGUCAGGGACUGGUUUGUCAAUUACUUACCUCGUUUUAGAAGCUAGCUUUAUCCACAUUUUAAGUCAGUAAUUAGUAGGUAGCUUUACUCACAUGUCAUAGCCAGUUACUAAUGGCUAAUUUUACAUAUUUGAAUUGAGUGUCAAUUGGCUUGGCUUCUUUUUUUGAAAGGUCGCGUAAAAUACUAUGAUCUUACAAAAGAAUUUAUAAGCAUCAUGAGAGAGAAUUUUAAACGGGUGAAGAAAGUUUCCUGAUGAAUUUACAGUUGGGCCAUACAUGGUAUUGGAAUAUUGUGAAAAGGGGCAACUCCGAGAUUGGCUGCUACAACAAAAGAAUGCCUCAACGGUGGACACUGUAGAACUCCUAUUUCGUAUUGUUUACGGAAUUGCUAAAGGAAUGCGUUACCUCGAGACCAAAAAACUUGUCCACAGAAGACUUGCCGCACGAAAUGUUUUGCUUACUGGUGAGCUAGAGCCCAAGAUCUAUGGAUUUGGUCCUGAACCGCCGCAACAACAGCGCAACGACAGCGACGGAGAUGUGACGUCUGACGAAAAGGAACGAAUCCCCGUGAAGUGGACAGCACCAGAAUGUUUGAUGUCAAUGAAAAAUGCUAGCACAAAAAGUGAUGUUUGGUCUUUUGGAAUUGUUUUAUGGGAGGUCUUUAGUUUAGGUGAAACUCCCUAUCCGGGAAUACGCAGCAGGGAUGUGCAAACACAUGUAAAAAACGGUCAUCGAAUGACUAAGCCAGAGUUUGCUAAUGAGUUCUACCAUGGGAUCAUGCGCAGUUGCUGGAAUUCAAAGCCAAAGCAAAGACCAAGUUUCAAAGAUAUUUCAACAGAUAUUGGAAAAACCUUCAAUAACGCACCUUCGGAUGAAUUUUACUAUUACUCUGAAAAAUGAAACUAACGUGAAUAUAUAUAUCUCUUGCUUUGCAAUCGAAUGAUAUUGACACAAUUUCAGUUUUAUUGCACUAAUAGACUAUAUGUAGGAAAACUAACUGAACUUUUGU